AUGACUAAGGAAAACGAGAACAUCGAUGAUACUCCUAAAACAAUAAGAGCAACAACAGAUGGCACCGCGAACAAGAACGAAAACAACAACAUAAGAGCUACUCAAAACGGAGCCGCCUUGGUAGAGGACAUCACCAUCAAAGAAAAGGUUGCUCAUCCAGGGGCCCCACCUGAUGGGGGCUGGGGCUGGGUGGUCGUUGCUUCGUCCUUCACCAUCAGCCUGCUGGUGGACGGAGUUUGCUUCUCCUUUGGCAUCUUCUUUGACGAGUUUCGGGAGGAGUUUGGGACGAGUAAAGGCACGACUUCAUGGAUAGGAUCAGUUCUCAAUGGAUCCUACCUCAUCUUCGGCCCAAUCUUCAGCGCCCUGGUCAACAUGUACGGAUGUAGGAACGUGGCCCUUGGAGGUGCUGUCCUAGCUUCUGUGGCGUUCUUCUUGAGCACUUUCUCACCCAACAUCGGCGUGCUCAUUUUUACCUACGGAUUUCUCGGAGGUCUGGGAUUCGGUUUGAUGUAUCUGCCAGCUAUUGUCAUGGUGGGCUACUACUUCGAGCGAAGACGAGCCCUAGCCACAGGUAUCGCUUGCUGCGGGUCGGGGAUUGGAGCCUUCCUGUUCGCUCCAUUCACCGAGUACUUGCUGCAUGAGUACGGCUGGCGCGGAGCCACGUGGAUCAUCUCAGCGUUGCUAUGCCAUAGUUUUGCCAGCGCCAUAUUUUUUCGACCCCUGACCCCUGCAGCGCCUGAAGCGUCCAUGCUAGAGAUGGGCGAGAGACACGAGGAAGCCGUCAGACUGAUCGAUGAUGACAUUAUUGAUAUGACAGAUGUCAGGAGAUCGCCUAAGGAGAACAUCCCCGAGCCGAAAAGUUCCCUCAUCAGUGAGAAGCUAAAGUCUGAGAUCUACCAGCGCCUCACCACUAUGCCAAUUGAAGACUCCAGUGCAGGUCAGCAGUACACUCCAAGCGACACAGCUCGUUUGGCAUUCAGUCAGGACUUCUCACGUUAUCAUCGAUUCAAAGAAGGGCAUCCGGGUGAGCCUACUCACAGACCAAGUGUGCCGCCUCUGCAAAGGCAGGAUAUCUUCUACAGCGGAAGCAUCUGGCACCUGAAAGAGUUCAGGGAAAAGACCGGAGCUGUGGGUUCUCAGAAAAAUCUGGCUACAAGCUCUGACAAGAAAGGAUUUGUACAAUCGUUUGUCAGUGUGUUCGACAUCUCGCUGCUGAAAAGUCCAACUUUUCUCAUUUAUGGAGCCUCUUGCUUCUUGUGUAUGUUCGGUUUCUUUGUGCCCUUUAUCUACAUUCCGACGCACGCCAUUGAUCUGGGACUAGACUCCACUAGUGCCGCCUUCCUCAUCUCCAUCAUUGGUAUCACAAACACCGUGGGUAGAGUGGCGGUAGGCUUUGUGUCUGACCAGACAUGGGCAGACUGUUUGUUGAUCAACAACGUGGCGCUGAUCUGUGGAGGGGUGGCCACUUUAUUUGUCCCCUACUACACCUACUACUACCUGCUGGCGAUUUACGCGGCUAUCUUUGGUAGCGCCAUAGCUGUAUUUGUGUCGCUGCGAUCAAUCAUCAUGGUCGAGCUGAUGGGGCUGGAGAAACUGACCACAGCGUUCGGGUUCGUUAUCAUGUGCCAAGGAAUGUCCUCUUUGCUGGGACCACCUGUUGCUGGGGCCAUCUCUGACUACACUGGAAACUACAACGCGGCAUUCUACCUGGCCGGAGUGUCCCUCACCUUGAGUGGCCUUAUAUGUCUCCCUCUACGCCGUAUUGCCAGUUGGGAAACAGGGAAACAAAAAUUGGCAGCUUCUAGAGAACGGUCAAAGAAUAACAGGCCUUUAGAGGCCAAAAAAGAAUAUGAACUGCUAGACGUCAACUCCUUUAAAGACACAACCAAGGUCGGGGUGUGA